AGAACUGAUGAUGCUGAAUCUGUGAUCGGACACUGUCAUCUCUGUGAAGCACAAUGGAUGAAUCCCCUUCUCAAGAGAUAAAAGAAGAAAAUGCAGUUGUUGACGAGGAUAAAGUAUCAAGUCGUAAAACUAAAAGCUAUGGUAUUUCAAUCGAUUCAGGUUUGAUUCCCUCUGUUCCCGUCGAAGAGCAAGCCUCAGUUCUGAGGAACUUGGGUGUGAAUGUGUUCAACCAGGAUGAAUUUGAAGAAGGUGUUUUAAAGCAGGUUGAUGAGGCUAUUGCAGUGAAAGAGACUGAGGAGCUUGUUAGAGGAUGGGAGAAAAACUUGAAGGCAGUAAAUGAAGAUAUCAGGUGAGAUAGUGUUCUCAAUAGUUGAGUGAUCAGCUUAACUGCAGAAUACCCUGCCAUUUUAAAGCAACCCCUAAAAAUAGGUGAAUAUGUAGAUACUCAGUCACUAGCUAUCUGUGUAUCCGUGUAUCCACUGAAUGUCAGUACGUAUCCGUGUAUCCACUUGGUAAAUAUCUUUAAAAUAAUACUCAUUGGGUAUCCGAGUAUCCGUGUAUCCACUUCAAUAUACACUUAAGACAGCGUAAAAACAAUACAAUAUGUCUAUGUGUCGUUCUUAAAGCCACUGAAGGUAGAAAAUCACAUAAAAGGGAUAACUGCAUAUCCACAUAUCCUGCUCUUUCAGGGAUAUAGCUUCGAAGGUGGCAGAGUAUUCUGCAGUUACCCCAGGUGAUCAAUAUAGUAUCAAUAUAGACUCUCUCAGGGUUAGCUCCGAUACAAAAUGUAAGUAACAUGGCCUUGAAACAGCAACAUAAGACAUGAAAUGGCAACAAGCAACAUUAAGUUAGAUAGAAUCACUAACAAGGACACGGCUGAAAGUCAUCCUCAAUACCGGGUUACUCCAAAAUAUAUCCAUGCCUCCCCCUUUCUCUGACUGAUGGUUUUAUAGUUUUUUGCAAUCCCUCUCCUGUGAGAAUUUCCAGAAUGUUAUCAGCUAGUGGGGGGAGUGUUGAUUUUUUUCUGGAAUUUUAAACAAAGGGAUUUGAGCUUGAUAUUCAAGACAUCCUUAACCCUAUUCACCACUUUAGAGAUGAGAAGGGCACUAGAGCUGAAAUGCAUCCCACAAUUGUUUCUGGGAUCAUUAUUGGGGAUUCGCUGAUCAGCUAUUGGUCAAUUUUUUCCCUGUCCCUAGUAAAAGUCUCAAAAGUCUUUGUGCAAGUAAACUUGACCCAGUUCCUUUCUUGUUUCUAAAGGGGUAGUCUGAGAAAACAGCUGACAUUUGGUGACACCACCACCAGUGGUUUCCCCGCCAAAUGCCAUCUGAGAAGCGAGUGCAAAAAUUUCUUACUGAUGACAUAUCACUACCCAGAGCUGGGUAGUGCUUCUGAUUGGUUGAAUCAAAUUUGCUAUGUGGCACGACCAAUCAGAAGCACUACCCAGAUCUGGGAAGUGACGCGUCAUCAGUAUGGAAUUUCUGCGCUCAUUUCUCAGACAUCAUUUGGCAGGGAAACCAGUGGUAGCGUCACCAAAUAUCAGCUGUUUUCUCAGGCUGCUAAAGGGGCAAUUAAGGUCAAGCGGGUGUUGCAAGUCAGCUGUCUGCUGCUCAUGAAUUUCCAAGGAUUUAGUCAGCACUUAAAGCUUCUCGAGAACACACAAGAAUGAAACACUAUCAAAGAAGCUAUCACUUUUAGUGAGUAAACCCUUUGUCAAAUGUCAUGUAGCAUCCAAUACCUGGCUAUUAAUUAUACUCUGUAUAAACAUGCAACAUUCUAGGACAGUGGAAGAAGAAAUACAGGGGAUUGACAAGAUUCUAAAACAACUUGAGGGGAAGAGUGGAUCAGGAUAUGAAGCAUGGCGCAGAACACAAGCAGUUCAGAAGCAAAAGGAUAACAAGGUACAUGUUCUGAUACCACCACUGCUGCCACUGCUGCAUGCUACUCCUGUUUUAGUGUGUUUGUAAUACAGUCAAACCCCACUUUAUGGACAUGCACUCUCUUUAUACCGACACCUCCUAAUCAUGGACAGUUUGCUUUGUCCCUGGGAAAAGAAAGUCCUUACAUUUUCUCUAUAUUCAACUUGCCCUUUCAAAAUGUCCAAAGGCAGACACUCCCAAAUUUCAUUUUGGCAAAUAACCCACAUGAAAGUAGUUCCAAAGAGAUUUCAUUUGAAUGAACAAGGUUUUGUCCACUGCACUGAAGAACACUGUCAUCCACUCUUUGAAAGCUUAAAACGUACAUUUUAAGGCUCCCUUAGUGACUACUAAGAAACAAUUCUAAGAGGACAACUUGAAAUUGUUUUUUUUUUUGUCCUAACAGCUACGGCAGCUAAAGAAACUGCAAGCAACUCAGAAGUCUCUGCACAACAAGUUGGGUCUUUUGGAUGAAGAUACUGAUAUCGAUGUCCCAGGUAAUGAGACAAGGUGUCAUUGUAAUAAUGCUUCCAUUGUACGCUGCAAAAAGUCUCUCCAUACUGAAUACAAAAGUACCAUUAUUCAGUCUCGCCACAACUAGAAGUGAUCGAUAAGAAGAAGUGUUUUGUAGCAUUUUGGAGUGUUAGCUUUAUGCUUUAUCAAAAUUAAUGAUGGUGCAUUUGCUUGAUUAAAACUAGAACUUUGAAGGUGUUUAGUAUAGUUGAUGGUAAGAGAAAUUACAUGUAAGAAGAAUAAUUAAUUAAAUUUAAAUUUUUUUUAAAUUUGUUUUAUAUUAAACAUGUAGUUUCUAAAAACUUUCCAAAGUCUGUUGAUAUACCUUUUGCAAAUACAAUAAUGUGCAUGCAAAUGUAUUGAUUCCAGAUAAAGUAAAUGCUUCUGAUGUUGCUGCCCAUCAAAGCGAAACCCAAGAAGUUCCAAUGACAUUACAGGAUCAUUCUGCAAAGGAUGAGCUGAUUAAGACAGGUGAGAUGACACCAUUUGGAGGGACUGUGGAAAAUGCUAAGGACAGAAAAGAGAUACAACUGGAAAAAGAAGGAUCGUUUAAUGAACAAAGUGGGGAUGUGGACAAAAGAACUCAAGAAGUACAAAGGAAAUCUCUUGUCAGAUCAUUAGCAGAUGAUGGAGAGAUUUCUGACAGUGAUGAUGACAAUAAUGAUGAUGAUGAAUUUGUUCCUGAUGACAAUGAACUUAAGUACAGUUGGUAUGAGGAUGAUAGUGAAGAAACCAAGAAAGUGGACCUUGGAAAAGGAAAGAAACCUGCAGCGAGCAGACGCUCGCUGAAUGUUGCAUAUAGAGAAGAGGAUGGUUUGAAACCCAAGAAGAAAAAGAAGAUAAAGAAGAAAAGUAGAAAGAUUGACACCAGACCAGUUGAUGAUGGAAGUGAGAAAAUGUACCGUCAAAGAAUCAGGUAAUUUAGUUACCAAUAGACAUUUUUUUUAAGUAAUGUAACAAUAAUAAUAACUUUCUUCUGAAGAUACUAAAAACAAUUCCAGGCGAUAAUAGAGAGAAGCCCACAAAAUGCUAUCCCAAUCUCCAGGCUGCUAUUACAGUGUAAGCUUGCUUGGCACAUAUGUGGCCAGCAUUUGUUUGGACUUCCACUAAGAAUGAAUGGAAUACUUAGAAUGCAAUCUGCUUGUGCAAAUUUAUACCUGCUAUCAUUAUUUUAUGAUCUGAUCACCCGUGUUUUGACCUUCCUUCAUGUGAAAUUAAUGCAAAUUGCCAGUGUUGGAGCAAGAGUGUUUUGCUCUUCAAUCAGAAUCCUGAAAGUUAAGCCUGCACUCCUAACCUUUGGUUAUUACCAGUAUAAAAAUACAGUGGCAUCUACAGGAUUGUCAGAGAGUGUAGAAGUAAAUGGCUUUGUUGUUGAAUAAGUAGAUUCGGAGAAAAAGCUCAGUUGACUAGCUGUCCAAAAACAUGUUGUAGGUGUUCAGUUUCACCAGCUGCCAGUUGUUUUUGACCAGUCUGAUCUAGAAAAGAACCUGACUGUACAUGUUGUGUUUGGCGCAAGGUUAACCCAUCUAAACUCCAGAAAGGUUAAGUUAAAAAUAAUAUAUUCAAGUCCAUAAGUAAUGAAGUUUGUACUUACAGUACUCACUUGUUUACUCACUGAUACUUUUAUUUGAAAAAUUAAGAGAGUUGAGAAUCAAAGAAUUGCUCAAAAAGAGAAAGGAAUCCCAAGUUGAUGAAAGUGAUGAAGAAGAGCUUCCAGACAUGGAGUUUGACAAGGGGCUGAAAAUUCCAGGGAAAAUUUGGCAUAAAUUAUACAAGUAAGUCUGAGAGUGAGUAAGAUAUUUAGAUUCUCAAGCUUAUUAAUUUUACUGGACCAGUUAUAACAUCCCUCCCAUUUCAUCCUAUCCAUCCAUCUUUUCAUCCCUCCCUCCCCUCACCCUUUCGUGCAGUAAAUUACAACUGCAUGGCAUUGCAGCACAUUUUGUUUAAGCUUAUCCAACUCAGGACCUACAACCCUGGACAAAACUGUUGAGACAUUUCCAUUUAUCUUUCAAUUUCAUGCCAUGCAACCAUCUUGUCGAAAUGGAACAAAGUCACCCCCUCCCCACCCCAUGUGCAUUUCUUGUGUUACCACAAACAACAUGGCAAUGGGGGGGGGGGGACGGUUUUUUUUAGUUUGUGAUGGUAAGUAUUUUUGUCAGGACGAGUGCCAAAAAGUAGGUAUUUUUGUAAUGUGUCUCAACAGGUUUUGUGCGGGGUUGUAGUGAUGGAUAAUUUCAUGAGGACUUGGAUUGGUACAUGAUGAUAUUAUUGCUAUUUUAAAGUAGGUAAAAAUAGAUGAAAGACUAGCCUCAUUCCACUAUUUUCCCACUCUCAAUUUCACCCAUCCAUUCCUCUCUCCUUGCUUUGUGUCUCUGGAUCUUGUUGUAUCCAUCCAUCCGUGAUCUCAUCCCAUCAUUCCUUCCCCUGUUCAUUUAUUCCAUUGUUUACUAACCAUUUGUUAUUUGACCUGUUACUGUAAGAUACCAGCAAACAGGAGUUCAGUGGCUUUGGGAACUUCACUGCCAACAGGCAGGUGGCAUUAUUGGUGAUGAGAUGGGCCUGGGAAAAACAAUUCAGAUUAUUGCUUUUCUAACUGGACUCAAGCACAGCAAGAUAUCAGCAAAGAAAAAAAAGUAAGAGGAGCCCAAUAACAUGUGUAGUAAUUCAGACAGUACAAUCUCACAUUAAGAAACUCAAACCUCACCUGUGUGUGAUAACUUCAAACCUUGAUUGACACCUUCUGUCCAACCUAGUUAUGUAAAUGUAAUGUGUAAACUUUUGUAAACUUAUGAGUGCACAAAAUCAAAAUUGAGAAUUUGUAUGUAAAUGUAAAGCGUAGAGUGUUACCAGUGGCAAGUUGGUCUCAUUGAUUUCCCUGAACCCUAGGCAAGUACAGUUGUACUCUAAUGCUGUAUCUUGUUCUUUGAAGAGGUUAAUAAAAUCUCCCUUGUUCAUCUCAGCCCAGUUUGCCGUACCUUAAUAAUAAAUAAUAGAUAAUUUUUCAACAGGCAGUGUGGCCUUGGUCCAGUGUUGAUUAUUUGUCCUGUCACAGUUCUUCAUCAAUGGGUGCAAGAGUUUCACAGAUGGUGGCCUGAGUUUAGGGUAGCUGUAUUACAUGAAACAGGAACUUACCAGGGAUUCAAGGUGAGCCAAAAGAGAGAUUUAAAAUCACAUCUAUGACAAACAGCAGCCAUUAGUAUUAUAUGUAUUUGUACCUCAUUACUAAGUUUUUACUUGUCAUUUAGUGUUCAUCAUGUUGACAUAAAAAUUGGUACAUUUACAUGACUAACUCUUCCUCUUUAUUUUUAAACAGAGGAAAAAAAGUUUGAGUGUCUCUGUAAUGAUGAUAAUAAUAAUGACAUUAAUAAUGAUGUUGAUAAUAAUACAAAUGAUAAACAUAAUUGAAUAAGUAAAUCAAUGAAAAUAAAUAAUGGCUUUAGUCGUGGCAUAUCUGUUACAGGUCACAAUUUAAUUCAGGUUAAAUUUUUUUAACCUACAAUAGUUUGAUUCUCAGUUUCCUUUGUCUCCUUGUCGUAAUUCAUGAAAAAUUAGGGAUAGGAGACAAAGGAAAUUGAGAUUCAACCUGGAUUAAUUUAAAAAUUUUAUCCGAAAUUUAAUAUCAAAUAAUAUUUUAUUAUUUUGACCUGUAAAAUAUCCAACAGAUGACUGUUCAUCUACCACCGCAGUCAUUCUUCUUUGAACUGGAAUUCUAAAAUGCUGGGUUUUGAGGUGAGAGGAAACCCAAAGAACCCGGGGAAAAACGUCAUGGAGAGGAGAAGAGAAACAACAACAAACUAAACCCACGUUAAUGGUGUAAACUCUGGGAUUUGAACCUGGGGCACUUUGGUGAAAGGCAGGUGCUUUAAACACUGACAACCCUUGCUCCGUAAGGAAUGAAAACAGCUCAAAAUUCUUCUCAUAGGAAUUGCCUAUGUUUUUUUGUUUAUUAAUUUUAUAGCAAGAACUGAUCAAGAAGAUCUGUACUGAAAAUGGUGUGUUGGUUACAUCAUAUUCUGGAAUGCGUCAACACCAGGAUAACCUUCUUGCUCAAAGGUUUGAUUAUGUCAUCUUGGAUGAGGGUCACAAGAUAAGAAAUCCUGAUGCUGAGAUAACACUGGCUUGUAAGCAGGUACUGUCUCAACAAGAUUUAAAGUUAUUUUAAAUUUAAAUACUUAAUUAUCCACUCUCCUUGUGGGGCUUUUCAGGGUUAGUGAAACAAAUAAAUUCAAAUGGAACAUACACAUACAUUUAAUAAUGUUGAGAAUGUCAACUGGUAGGAGACGAACCAGUGGGUUAUUUAUAAGCAUGGCUGAUAAUUAUUUGCACUAGUCUUGCGACUACCGACAACAAAUCCAGCACCCAGGUAGGCUGGGACUUAAAAACUCAGAGCCUCAGGAUUACAAGUCCACUCCCUAAACACUCAGCCAUGCUGUCUCCUUGGCUGACUGGCGAGUUGCUAAUACAUUUAGCAGGCUAACCCUUCUCUGAGUUAGAUGGACAACUAGAGUUGGCCCUCAUGGGUCUCUGGCUCAAAGACAGUUCACUGUGUACAUUUUCUGUUUGUUUCACAGUUCAGAACUCCUCACCGGAUCAUCCUUUCAGGUUCCCCCAUGCAGAACAACUUACGAGAACUGUGGUCGCUUUUUGACUUUGUAUUUCCUGGCAAACUUGGAACUCUCCCAGUGUUCAUGACCGAAUUCUCUGUACCAAUAACAAUGGGAGGAUACUCAAAUGCUACUAAAGUUCAGGUACUGACUUUUUGCCUCCAGAGUAAAGUUCAAUACAAUAGUUUAGUAAUUAGUGAGAUGUAAUAAUCUAUUGCUCAUGUUAGGUCAGUGUAGACCGUAGGUAGUUGUGUUUCUUUCCUCUGAGCCAUGCACGAAGAGUGAAAAAGUAAACUUAGGUAAAUUAACGGUAAAAAGGACAAGUCGCGGCUACACUGCUCACCCCUCACACGUGCUCUUGAUCUACUGUGUCUAAAAAGAAAAAUAAGGUUGGCAAGGAACGGGGGGGGGAAGCCUUGUGGGUUGAUAUGUAACAUAUGCCUUGCUUGCUGUUAGGGUCAGUAGUAGGG